AAGCGGCAGGGGUGGGGGCAGAGCCCACCCGCACAAAGGCAGCUCCCCACGGGCUGUGUGACCGCUGUCACGCUUUUUCGCUCAAAUCAACGCCAGCGGAGGAUGACGUGAGGCUGGUGCUCCCCGGCCCCGGGGCUGAUUGGUCCCAGCUCAGGUUUGAACGCCAAGGUGUCCUGGCAACGAGAAGCAGAGGAGCCAGACUUUCCCGUCCCCGCUCGGCUCCGGGAGCGCAGCGGGUGCUGGAGAAAGGCAGGCAUCGAGGACGAGGAGCAGCGCGGAGGGCCCUUGGCCCUCCUCCAGGCAGCCUGUCCUGCAAUGAGCCAGUGCACCUGAGGCCCGGCAGCCGUGGGGAUGGAGCUGAAGGUCUGGGUGGAUGGGAUCCAGAGGGUUGUGUGCGGUGUCUCAGAGCAAACUACCUGCCAAGAAGUGGUCAUUGCCCUGGCACGGGCCAUCGGUCAGACGGGCCGCUAUGUGCUGGUGCAGAAGCUGCGGGAGAAGGAGCGGCAGCUGCUGCCGCUGGAGUGCCCCCUGGAGUCGCUGGCCAAGUGUGGGCAGUACGCCAACGAUGUGCAGUUCAUCCUGCGGCGGACAGGCCCCAGCAUGGCCGAGCGGCCCUCCUCGGAGGGCGCUCCGCAAGCUCCUGAGAGGACGUUCAUCCGGGCCAGUUUGCCCAUCAAGCCCAGGCUCACCGGCAUGGAUGCACCCCGUUCUCGGGAGCCAAAAAAAUCCAUGACCUUCAACUUGGGUCCUACAGGCUCCAGUGACCCCUUCACCGUGAGCCGAUGGAGGCACCAAACACGGGAAGGAAUAGACUUGGAGGGUGGUGGGAUUGUCCAGCCCUCCAAAGAGGAGCUGUUUAGGAGGGUGCUGCAGCAGCAGGAGCAGCUGCAUUCCUUGGAGGCCCAUGGGGACACCCUUGAAAUGGACCUACGGCUCUGGGAGCGUAGCCGGCUUGCCGGCCAGGAGAAUGAGAUCCUCUAUCUGGAACAACUGGUACGAAGGAAUGAGACAGAGCUGGGCGAGGAGGAAUUUUGGCAGAGCGAGCUCCGACUGGAAAAGGAGUGUGAGCGAGAGCGGCAGGAGCGGGUUAGAAGCCUGCGGGCCAGCCUGGAGGAGUACACCCAGAGGAUCUAUGAGCUGAGUGCCCGGACUGAAGCCCUGCAGGAGGAGAUCCAGUGGGAGAUGGCUGAGAGGGCCAAAAGGGGAAAGGAGAUCUCUGUGCCCAGCCCCAUAGAGCUGGAGGACAUGGCCACCAAAAUGAAAAGGGACCUGGAGGCCAAGGUCAAGCAAGGCACCCAGCUGGAGAGCAACCUGGCCAGUGUGGAGAAGGCCCUGGAGGAAGCUGAAAAGAACCUGCAGGCCCAGACCCAAGAGCUGGAGGAGUUAAAUAAGGAGCUGAGGCAGUGUAAUUUGCAGCAGUUUAUUCAGCAGACGGGGGCCACGGUGACUGUCCUGCAGGCCAGGUCUGAGGAGGAUGCCCAGCCGGAGCCGAGCCCGUGCGAGCUGCCAGCCUACCGGAGAAACGGAGGUUUUCCUCCCACCGCUGGUACUGACUCGCCUCCCCGAGUCAGCACCAAGCAGCUCCUCAGCCAUCCCAGGACCCUGCCGGAGCCCCUGGUGUCCAGCCUGAACCCCGAGGUUGUAUCAACCAGGCAAAGCAUCUGGAGGUAGAAGGGCUCGGGCAGCGGAGGAUCAAUUGCCUUGCAAGUGUAACUGUAUAAAUAAACCAUAUUAUAUAUAUAUAUAUUUUAUAUUUUUUUUAACUGCUUUAUAUCGUGAAUGGAUGUGGACAGCCAGACAGAGUA